AUGCCACCUUCUGCUAGUGUCAAUAAUGCGUGGUCUUCUCUGCUUCCGAAAGAAGGCGGGUUCUUCGAACACCCUGCUAUCAUAUCUAGUGCUAGUUGGUUUUGCUGUGUUCCAUCAUCUCCACUGCCUCGAUGUGUUGCGCCUAGCACUGUACGAGCUUUACCCAGACACCAAAGGCUAUCAGCUAAUACUUCUCAUUUCACGUCCCAUCUGAAUCACGAUGGCGCACAUUCCACCAUGGAUGCCGACUUAUCCUAUGACAUAUUCAAUGUUGGCCACUGUUCUGACCUAUUACGUCAAGCUAUCUUGUGCCGCCCCGAUUUGAUGACCGAAAAUUUAGAGCCCAAUUCUGGCGGAGGUACCGGCUUUGGGACUGAGCACCGAUGUGUUAAGUGGCAAGAACUGAUGGAUGGUGAUGAACCAAUUACACUGAGAUUUUGA